CUGCGGCUGCUCACUUACUCGGCUCCUGGAUUCGAGUGCUGUGUUCAAGGUGAGUUUCUUUUCAGCAUCGCGGCCUCUCGCAGAAAUUCAGGCACAAUGGCUCCUACAAGGAAAUUCUUCGUGGGUGGAAACUGGAAGCUGAACGGUGAUAAGAAGAGCCUAGGCGAGCUGAUACACACCCUGAACUCCGGGAAAAUCAACGCCGACACGGACGUGGUGUGUGGAGCUCCCACCAUCUACCUGGACUUCGUGCGCUCCAAGCUGGACUCCAAGAUGGGCGUGGCAGCUCAGAACUGCUACAAGGUGGCAAAGGGAGCGUUCACUGGGGAGGUCAGCCCGGCGAUGAUCAAGGACUGCGGGGUGUCCUGGGUCAUUCUGGGGCACUCGGAGAGGCGCCACGUAUUUGGGGAGUCUGACGAGCUGAUUGGCCAGAAGGUGGCGCACGCCCUGCAGGAGGGCCUGGGGGUCAUUGCCUGCAUCGGGGAGAAGCUGGAUGAGAGGGAGGCUGGCAUCACUGAGAAGGUGGUGUUUGAACAGACCAAGGCCAUUGCAGACAAUGUGAAAGACUGGAGCAAGGUGGUUCUGGCUUAUGAGCCAGUGUGGGCCAUCGGAACUGGCAAGACCGCCAGCCCCCAGCAGGCUCAGGAGGUGCAUGAGAAGCUGCGGCAGUGGCUGAAGACCCACGUGUCGGAGGAGGUGGGCGGAGCCGUGCGCAUCAUCUACGGGGGCUCUGUGACAGCGGCUACCUGUAAGGAACUCGCCUCCAAGCCCGACGUUGACGGUUUCCUUGUGGGCGGGGCAUCGCUCAAACCAGAGUUCAUAGACAUCAUCAACGCGCGCCAGUGAACUUCUAAAAUGCAUGCAGCUUCCUGUCUGGCAAGAUGGAAGAUCCCCCAAUUUUUUUUUUCAAAUCUUCAAUUGUUUCAGAACAUAUGAAUUGUUUUGCCUGUGUUCUUGGUUUCCUGUAACUGUUCAGCUGUAAAGUUCACGGCGACACAGGCGUACUGUUGGUAUUGACUGUAAGUUUUUCCUCUCAAUGAAACCUCACUGUAGUUUGUCACUUUCACAGUGGUUGUAUUUUUUUCCACCAAUUAGAGGGGUGUUGCCACCCUUCAUAGCCUUUGUGCUGUUGGUUACCUGAAUUGUCACAUGCCUGUUCUGUUCAAUCUAGCCAAUAAACAAACCCUAGAAACACAA